AUGUCUCCCUCAUCCUCCGACCAAGUGUGCAAGUCUAGCUUCAGUCCCUUCCGAUCCCCCUCGCCUAGGAAGAGAUUCGCCCACGAGCGCAACCAGUCCGAGGCAGUCCAGCGGCCACGGCCUAUGAGCAUUUCGAGCAACUCGCCAGCAGUCCAGCAUAGCAAACGAGCCUCCAUCUACGUCUCGGACGCUUCCGUCAUCCUUGCCCAGCGCACACCCAUGGCUUCUCCUAUCUCGUCUCCCGACUCCAUGUAUGACCCCGCCCUUGAAAGCCCAGAUGCCAUCGACCACUACGCCAUCCUGGAAAUCACCCCAAAGGCAACUACCGACGAGGUCAAGGCUGCCUAUCGCCGGUUACGAGUUGUGUACUUUUCAAGCGAUGCCAAGAAGUACCGAGCCCUACAGGCUGCCUUUGACACCUUGAUGAACCCCGAGACCCGCGAGGUUUAUGAUGCAAGCUAUCAACCCCGUGCAGCUGCGCCUACGUCGCUUGCUAGCAUCGGCGAGAUCCUGGAUCCCGGAAAGCAUUGGCGACAGGACAGCGCCCACGGCGACGAUUCUGCAAUUGCAGAGGAGGAAGAGGAGGAAGAGCAACUGCAGCAACUACAGGAGGAACCCGAAGAGCAAGAGGAGGUCCGCAAUGACGACCCGAAUUGGGGGCUGAAACAUUACAACCCUCGCUACGAGCCAGUUCUCGGUACGGAGCCAUACAUGUCAUAUAUUCCUCUGCCUACGAAUCUGUUGCUCUUUUGUAGAGGACCAACAUACGAGGGCAACUUUGCAUUCAACGCACGGCCGAACUAA